CAGUGCGCGGCGUCCCGGCAGAGCCGCGCGCAGGAGCCGAGCCGGAGCCGUUGCCGAGGGUCCUGCCGAGCGGCUCCUGCGCACUGCCCCGCGCCCGCCGCCCCGCGCGGGCAGCAGACCGUCGGGCCCGGGACUCGGCUCCCCACCGCCAGCUGUUGCCAGACGUCCCCCUCCCGAGGCAGAAGAUGGCUGAGCACAGCCUCCUUGCGGGAUGGAGUUAGUUCGUCGGCGGAGCGGGCGUGUGGGGAGGGCUCCUUCCCACUGUGCUGCAAAUCCUCCCGAGCUGCUGGUGGGGCAGGCGGCUCUGGCUCGGUAAGCGCGGGAGGCAUCUGCACCAGCCUCACUUUUCGUGCUCUUUGCGGUUGGCGUAGCCCGUCUUUCCUAUGGCUGGCAUAUACAGCUCUACGCUGAAGACCCUGGAGGAUUUAACUUUGGACUCUGGUUAUGGGGCAGGGGAUUCCUGCAGAUCUCUUAGUCUCUCUUCUUCCAAGUCCAACUCCCAAGCCUUUACCUCUUCUCAGCACAGAGGCAACUGGUGGUGCUACUCGGGCUCCAUGAACAGUAGGAAUAACAGCUGGGAUACCGUGAACACUGUUCUGGCGGAAGACCCCGAGGUUGCAGACAUCUUCUCCAAGUGUCCUAAGCUGCCGGAUCUAGAGGAAUAUCCUUGGACUGAUGAAGACAUUGGAAGAAUACUUAGAAAAGGGAAAGGAGAUGGCAGUACCAGAAGCUUUUCUCAGGAAGCUGUCAGGCGGCUCUCGCAGUUACUGAGGCGCGCCUUGAUCAGGGUGUCCAGGGAAGCACAGCGGCUCAGCGUCAUGCAUUCCAAGUGCACCAGGUUCGAGGUGCAAAGCGCGAUCAAGCUCAUACAGAGCUGGUCCUUGUCAGAAAGCUGUGUCCUGGCGACUGUCAAAGCUCUCUCUCUGUACAGCAUGAGUGCAGGAGACAGACUGAGGAAAGGUAAAUCAGCUCGAUGUGGCCUCACCUUUUCAGUGGGGAGGUUCUUCAGGUGGAUGGUAGACACUAGGAUCUCAGUCAGGAUUCAUGAGUAUGCAGCCAUCUCUUUAACUGCUUGCGUGGAAAACCUUGUAGAAGAGAUCAGGGCUAGGGUUUUGGCGAGUCAGAGCCCAGAUGGUGGAGGAGGGGAGAUCUCAGCGGAAAUCCUGGAGAUGGUUAUCAACAAUGAUGCAGAACUUUGGGGAGUGUUGCAACCUUAUGAGCAUCUCAUCUGUGGGAAAAAUGCUAAUGGUGUGCUCUCUCUGCCUGCCUACUUCAGCCCAUACAAUGAUGGCUCUGUGAGCAGUGAUGGACAGGCUGACGCUUAUGCUCAGCUGGAACUCCGAACUUUGGAGCAAUCUCUGUUGGCAACUUGUGUUGGAAGCAUCUCUGAGCUGAGUGACUUGGUAUCACGAGCAAUGCACCACAUGCAGUGCUUGAGCACCAUCCGCCCAGGCAUGAGCCCCAUUCGGCAACCCCGGCAGCAACAACCCAUCUCCUGGUCUCCUGAUGCUCUCCACACUCUCUACUACUUCUUACGCUGUCCUCAAAUGGAGUCCAUGGAGAACCCCAACCUUGACCCUCCAAGGAUGACCCUGAACAACGAGCGACCCUUCAUGCUUCUGCCACCACUGAUGGAGUGGAUGAGGGUGGCCAUCACCUAUGCUGAGCACCGGCGCAGUUUAACGGUGGACAGUGACGACAUCAGGCAGACAGCCAGACUACUCCUGCCUGGGCUGGAUUGCGAGCCCCGGCAGCUCAAACCUGAAUGCUGCUUCAGUUCCUUCCGGAGACUGGAUGCUAAGGCUGCUACUGAAAAAUUCCAGCAGGACCUGGGCUUCCGAAUGCUGAACUGUGGGAGGACAGAUCUGAUCAACCAAGCCAUCGGUGCACUGGGACCUGAUGGGGUGAACACCAUGGAUGAUCAGGGUAUGACCCCACUUAUGUAUGCCUGUGCUGCUGGAGAUGAAGCCAUGGUCCAAAUGCUUAUAGAUGCUGGAGCAAAUUUAGAUCUAAAAGUUCCUAGUACCUCUCCACGGCACCCUUCAGUGCACCCCGACAGCCGCCACUGGACUGCUCUUACCUUUGCUGUGCUGCAUGGGCACAUCUCUGUUGUUCAGCUGCUCUUGGAUGCUGGUGCCCACGUUGAGGGCUCUGCUGUUAACAGUGGAGAAGACAACUAUGCUGAGACUCCUCUCCAGUUGGCUUCAUCAGCAGGGAACUAUGAGUUGGUCAGCUUACUGCUCAGCAGGGGUGCUGACCCCCUCCUCAGCAUGCUGGAAGUCAAUGGGAUGUCUUCAUCUCUUCAUGAAGAUAUGAACUGCUUCAGCCACUCAGCUGCACAUGGGCACAGGAAUGUUCUGCGGAAGCUCCUGACCCAGCCUCAGCAACUGAAGGACGAUGUCCUCUCACUGGAGGAGAUUUUAGCUGAGGGGGUGGAGAGUGACACCUCCAGCCAGGGCAGCUCCAGCGAGGGGCAAGUCAGGCUCUGUAAAACACGGAUGAAGGCUCUGCAGGAGGCCAUGUACUACAGUGCAGAGCAUGGCUACGUCGACAUCACCAUGGAGCUCAGGGCACUUGGAGUCCCAUGGAAGCUCCAUGUGUGGAUUGAGUCACUGCGGACAACCUUCUACCAGUCUCGUUACUCAGUGGUACAGACCCUCUUGAGGGAAUUUGUCACCAUUAAAGAAGAGGAUUAUAAUGAAGAACUGGUCAACGAAGGGCUGCAGCUCAUGUUUGACAUCCUCAAAACCAGCAAAAAUGACUCUAUCAACCAGCAGCUUGCAUCCAUCUUCACCCACUGCUACGGCAGCAGCCCCAUCCCCAGCAUUCCUGAAGUCUGCAAGACGCUGCCAGCUCGGCUAGAUCCCCACUUCCUAAACAAUAAAGAGAUGUCUGACGUAACUUUCUUAGUGGAAGGGAAGCUGUUUUAUGCACACAAAGUCCUGCUGGUGACUGCAUCUAACAGGUUCAAGACACUAAUGACCAAUAAAACAGAACAUGACAGCCAUGGCAGCAAGACUGUUGAAAUCGGUGAUAUGAAAUACAGUAUUUUCAAGAUGCUGAUGCAGUACUUAUACUAUGGAGGAACAGAAUCUAUGGAAAUUCCCACCACUGAUAUCUUAGAGCUGCUGUCAGCUGCCAGCCUGUUUCAACUGGACGGCCUCCAGAGACACUGUGAAAUCCUCUGUGCCCAGAUGAUUAGCCUGGAGAACUGUGUUAAUAUCUAUAAAUAUGCAAAGAUUCACAAUGCAUCUGAACUAGCCUCUUUUUGUGAAGGCUUCUUCCUCAAACACAUGAGCGCCCUUCUGGAGCAGGACUCAUUCAAACAGCUGAUCUACAGCAGGAACAGCAAAGUGCAAGGUCUGGACCCGCUGAGGGACCUGCAGACAGCCCUGGCUUGCCGCCUGCACUCUGUAUAUGUCACCUCCAGGGUGUGAAGCAGGAAGAAGGCAGUGGCAGGAGCACUGGUUCAACCUGCACACAGGGACGUCGCUGGGCAAAGCUGUGGCUUUCCUGUUUGCUUUAUGGAUCUUGCUGAAAAUCCCCUCCAACAGAUCCCCCCCAGGCAAGGGUGCUGUGCCUCAUCCCACUGACGGAGGGGAGCUGGCUUCUCUGUGCUGCUACCAUCACAGCACAGACAGCAGCUGAGAGGAUGCAAGUGAGGAACCUGAACCGAAGAGAAGAUGAAUGCUGCCCUUUCAACAGGCACAGGGCAAAGCUGUAGAGGCAGUUCACCUAGACCCAGCACGCAGUACCUUGUCUUAAGCAUCUCUACAUGCCACCACGGCCACCCAGUUGAUACUCACAGAUGUCUGCCCUGGAAGGAGUGUCCUGAUCUGCUGGGCCACUGCCCCCUCAGCCACUCCAAACACAAAGGCUGCUGCUGUAUGUGGCCAUAGAUGCAAACUGCACAUUGAGAGAGAAGUUUUGUAGGUGUUCAAAGCCAGGUGGAGACCAAUACUAACUCUGGCCUGACUCUUUCAACCUAGCAUGAAGAACCAAGCUGGGACAGGGAGGGGGAAAUUGCUUCUUUGUAUUUUUUUUAGUAUGGUUUCACUGUGCUAGUUUUUAAUCUGUCUCCAUCUUGAGGAGGGCAGGGACAACUCUCUGCCCUUUCACUACAUAAGUUUAUAGCCCAAAUGCCUUUCACGGUAAAGAACAUGUUCCUGACCGUUACCUGUGAGACCCAACACCAUAUAAGACACUUUCUAACAGACUCAGGUGUAGCAGUCACUAGCACUGUGCUGAAACAGUGUCCAGUAGCAUAAAUAGCAAUAAAAGUCUCCCUUUGGCCCUGAGGAACUCACAACCUGAAGGUUUGUUCUCUCUGGAGCUAGUUGGGAUUAGAAACUCUGACCUCUAGUCUCCACCUCCACAUUCUCAUCCAUGGACUGUUUCCACAGACCUGCUACCUCAGGGGGGCCUGGGCACAGCACACAUCUGACAGGUUCCUAGAGGCUGGCUGCAGUCUAACAUUUAGGCAGCAGCACCUGAAGAUGUCUCAACUCAAGUGCCCAAGAUUCAGUUUGUCCUUUGUUCUCAGCAGAAAGGUCGUUCUGGUCCAAAGGGACUCAUUCUAGGCUGCCUUAUAGCUGAUGUAGAGACAGUUCAAUCUAUGGGUUUGAGUCUGAAGCAGUGCUUUUUUGUGUGGGGGGGUUUAAUUCUAACUAAUCCCCUCUGCAGGGACACAGUCAGUUGUAUAAAACCAAAAACAUUGCUUCUUAAGCCAGUAUGAGGGAAGGACCCUCACAUACUCCCACUGGUCCUUGUUGGCACCCCCUGAAGCAUGUGCUGAGACGCCAUCAUUUGCUGUAGGAGCGUGAUGGAGAAGAGGAAACCAGGUGUUCAGUGGAGAACUGCUGUGUGGAAAUUCAUUAGUACUGGAACCAAACAUACUGCUGGGCGCAAGCUCCAGAGCACCACAGCCAUGGUUUAGGUAGAUGAAGGGAAGGAGAACGAUCUACAGCACCUCCCAGAUCCAUCAAUACCUGACACUGCCUCAUUCCUAAAGGAUUUACUUCAGAGGCAAAAUGCAUGCAAGGGUGAGAGCAAUUAAUGUAGGCUCAGCAAGCUGGCAGGCAAGCUGGCCAGGGCACGCUUCAAUCUGUGCUUUGGUCCACAUCCACUUCUGGAGAUCACCAGCGUCAAUAAUGCUAUUUGUUACCAGAAAGCCAGAGAGGCUUUUCACAACCAUCACUGAUCUGCCUGAAAAAUACCACAGAGGCUUUAUCCUGGAAAGUAUUUUCGAGUAGCUGCUUCAGCUAUCUGUACAAACACACAGGUCCUCUUUUGUUGCUGUAAUAUGCCAAUGCUUUGUUAAUUGUACAUUAACGUUGUCAUUUAUGUAAAUGUACUGGGAUUUCAUUAACAACCUAAUUUUAAAACACA